AGGAAGAAGAAGAGCAGGUGCCCACUGAUGGGGGCACAUCAGCAGAAGCCAUGCAGGUUCCCUUGGAAGAAGACGAUGAAUUGGAGGAGGAGGAAAUUAUUAAUGAUGAGAAUUUCCUGGGUAAGAGACCGCUGGAUAGUCCUGAAGCUGAAGAAAUGCCAGCCAUGAAGCGACCACGACUGUUAAGCACUAAAGGGGAUUCCCUAGAUGUGGUAUUACUGGAAGCUCGAGAACCACUCAGCUUGAUAAACACUCAGAAGAUUCCACCAAUGCUCUCUCCAGUUCAUGUACAGGACAAUGCAGACCUAGCACCUCCGUCACCAGAGCCGCCCAUGUUGGCUCCAGUUUCAAAAUCACAAAUGCCAACUGCAAAACCUUUAGAAACUAAGUCAUUUACACCUAAAACUAAAACUAAAACUAGUUCUCCAGGACAGAAGACUAAAUCACCUAAAACUACUCAGUUGCCAGCCGUGGUCGGAAGUCCUAUUCGGUCACCAAAAAGUAUAUCCAAAGAAAAGAAAUCACCUGGACGUUCCAAGAGCCCCAAAAGCCCCAAGAGCCCCAAGGUUAUGACUUAUAUUCCCCAAGUACCUGUCAGACCUGAAACACCAAAUAGGACUCCUUCAGCUACGAUAAAUGAAAAAAUUAGUAAAGAGACCAUUCAGGUGAAACAAACACAAACACCCCCUGAUCCUGGAAAACUGAACAAUGAGAAUCAGCUGAAAAAGGCUGUUGUAACAGAUAAAACAAUUGAUGACUCUAUUGACGCUGUGAUUGCACGAGCCUGUGCUGAACGAGAGCCAGAUCCUUUUGAAUUUUCUUCUGGAUCAGAAUCCGAAGGAGACAUUUUUACCAGCCCUAAGAGAAUUUCAGGUUCGGAGUGUGCCACUCCAAAAGCUUCCACUUCCACGAAUAACUUCAUGAAGUCAGGAUCCACUCCUCUGCCUCUUUCAGGUGGGACUUCAAGUUCUGACAACUCAUGGACAAUGGAUGCCUCGAUUGAUGAGGUUGUACGUAAAGCAAAAAUGGGAACGCCUUCAAAUAUGCCUCCCAGCUUCCCGUAUCUCUCUUCCCCUUCAGUUUCUCCUCCCACUCCCGAGCCUCUCCACAAGGUGUAUGAGGAGAAAUCCAAGCUGCCUUCAUCAGUGGAGGUAAAGAAGAAGUUGAAAAAGGAACUGAAGACUAAAAUGAAAAAGAAAGAAAAGCAAAGAGAUAAGGAGAGGGAGAAAGACAAAAGCAAGGAAAAAAGUAAAGAGAAGGAUAAAGUAAAAGAGAAAGAGAGAGAAAAGGAAGCCAGCAAGGAAACCAAGUAUCCAUGGAAGGAAUUUCUUAAAGAUGAUGAUUCAGAUCCUUAUAGGUUUAAAAUAAAAGAAUUUGAAGAUGUUGAUCCAAAAGUGAGAUUGAAAGAUGGGAUCCUGAGGAAGGAAAAAGAGAAGCAUAAAGAUAAGAAGAAAGAUAGAGAAAAAGGCAAAAAAGAUAAAGAUAAGAAAGAAAAAGUUAAAGAUAAAGGCAGAGAAGAUAAGAUAAAAGCUCCUGCAACCCCACUCGUAUUGCCCCCAAAGGAAAUGGCUCUGCCCUUAUUCAGCCCCAGUGCUGCGGUGAGGGUCCCCUCCAUGCUCCCGUCUCUGUCCCCAAUGCUUCCAGAAAAACUGUUUGAGGAGAAGGAGAAACCUAAGGAGAAGGAAAGGAAAAAAGACAAAAAGGAGAAGAAGAAAAAGAAAGAGAAAGAGAAGGAAAAGGAGAAGAAAGAGAAGGAAAGGGAGAAAGAGAAGAGAGAGAGAGAGAAGAGAGAGAAAGAAAAGGAGAAACACAAGCAUGAAAAAAUAAAAGUGGAACCUGUCACUCCAGCCCCCAGUCCAGUUAUCCCCAGAUUAACCCUCCGAGUUGGUGCUGGUCAAGACAAGAUUGUCAUCAGCAAAGUGGUUCCAGCCCCCGAGGCUAAGCCGGCCCCUUCUCUGAAUAGACCUAAGACCCCUCCGCCAGCCCCUGCCGCAACCGCCGUCCCCGUGCACGUGAGCCCCGCCCCGGUGCCGCUGCCCCUCCUCGCCCAGGCCACUGCGUGCCCGGCCCUGAUGCCAUCCCCGGCCCCUGCCAUCUCUGCAGCAGGAAGCUCCAAAGGCCCUGUACGCAGCGUGGUGACAGAGACGGUCAGCACUUACGUGAUCCGAGAUGAGUGGGGCAAUCAGAUCUGGAUCUGUCCUGGGUGUAACAAGCCUGACGACGGGAGCCCGAUGAUCGGCUGUGACGACUGUGACGACUGGUACCACUGGCCCUGUGUGGGAGUCGUGGCUGCACCACCGGAGGAAAUGCAGUGGUUCUGCCCCAAGUGUGCCAACAAGAAGAAGGAUAAAAAGCACAAGAAGAGGAAACACCGCACUCACUGAUGUCCCCGCGCUGUCCCGACCUAGCGCCAGCAGCCCAAGCUCCUCACCGGCACCUCUGCAGGGGAACUGGUGCCAUCCCGCCACCACGUCUGUCCCCCAGCGCCUGCGGAUAACGAAUCUGGGAAAACCAAGGACGAGAUCCCACCAUUCACUCUGGAUUUUCCCUCUGAAACAUGCCAGCCUGUCGCUCCGCAGCAGUGUGAUGAAGAAAAUCCACAGCAGAGGCCUGGCCCGGGGGCCCCCCACCUCCUCUUUUCUACUUCCAGCAACAAGUAUUAUUAAUAAAAAGACCAUAUAUCUUCCCUUCUGAUUUCCUUCAUUCUCUCUAGGGCCUUUUCAUUAAGGUAUCAGAUGAGAAGGCAAUGUGUACACAGCCUUGACUGUAAUUUAAGGAUAUCAUUAGUCUGUAUACAGUUUUCAACCCUUUCCUUCUAUAGUGAGAUAAUCAUAUGAUACAAAAGAAAACUCCAGUUGGAGUGUUGGCGAAUAUUUUUGUGAUGAGAAUAUAUGAAGCUUCCCUCUCCCCCCCACCCCCUGUUUUUAGUACUAACAUGUAAAAUGUUCAGGCUUUUGUGAAAUACCUUAUAUUUUUUAAGAAAAAGGUUUCUAUCAUGUCCUGUUUGCUUUUGUGCAAAUUAUUUUUGCUUAACAUAUUUUAUAUCUUUGUUGCAUUCUAAUUUUGCCCUUCUUUAAGCUGCUGGAGUCUCUUCUCACUGCUUGUACAUUUCAUCAGCUUGUGUAAAAACUUCAUACUAAAAGAUUUCCCCUAAUGUAAAUAAUAAAUAUUUAUGAAGUAGUUAUUUUUAAAAUUUUUAUCGUGUUUAAUUCUGGCUGUCUCUGAAAUCCACUGUGAUUUCAGCCAUAUUUGUAAUUACUGCGGUACAUAAGCAGAGAAGGCUGGAGAAAGAGCCAUAGUUCAAAGUCGUUUGCCUUGAGCUAAACCUGUGCAGCACCCAAGAACAUUGUGGGGAAGAGGACCCUAGCAGUUGGAAGGAAACAAGGCAAUUUAAAUCUAUAGUUUAUGAUUUGAAAUUGUUUUGUUUGUUAUCUAUUUUGUUUCUGUAAAUUUCUUUAACUGACUUUUAUUACAAGGACAUGUAGGUUCCAUGAAAGUAAAAAAAAAAAAGUAUACUGUAGAAUUUUGUGUUUAUAUUGUUUUAUUUCUACAAAUCUGUUCAUUGAUAUUGUGCUUUAAGGCUGAAAUGAAGUAUAUUAUGAUUUUUUUUAAGAAAACUCAUCAAAUUUCAGGGUAUCACAAAACUUUAUUAUAUUACUAUACUGCCCACUAUUUAUUAUAUGUUAUAGAUGUCUGAGAGGUAAACCAAAUAUUUUAUUUUUAAUGUAACAUCAAAUUUAACUUUAUUAGCAUAUUUUAGCAACUUUGGAAUAAAUAUGGACUUCUACUUGAUUUUGAAAUAAUUCCAAUUUGGGCCCGUGUGAUGGAUAUCUUGAAUGCUAGAACAAGGGCAACUUUGAACCUAAUACAAAUAUAUUAAUAGAAAAUGUGAUUUUUUAAUGCCAAGUAAAUUACUAUUAGUGUAUGAAUUAGUCAUAUUUUAAAACGUAUUAUGUGGUUAGAGAAAUGCGGUUUUCUGCCAUGAAUGUGAAAUUGCGAAUCAGUGGAAUGGAGUAGAUCUUUUAAGAGUGCAGGACAUCCUUGUCCUUGUUCCAGAGGCCAGAAUUUUUCUGUCCCUGCAAAAGAACAAAGCAUCUAUGUUGAGAUAUGUGUUUUUUGUUUUAUUAAUUUGAGAUCAUUCUAAAUACUUUAUACAAUAUUUUCACAUGCACAAAUAUACCCUUUAGUGCUUUUUGGAGAGGGAUGAAGGGUGGGGGAAGUGCAAAAUAAAGAUUAUUGGCUAUUUCAUA